UUCUAGUUUGUCGUUUCGUUGUUUGACAACAAGAAGUAUUUUUUACUGCGAUUCAACAAAAAAUUAGGUAUUUGGACGUUUCUUGCGAAUAAUUUUCGUUUAAUAUAUUUCGCAGAACUCGUUUAGUGCUUUUUUACAUCGUCGUGCGUACACCCAGGCUAUGAAAAUGCCACCUACGGCUGAUGACUCGACUGAUAAUGGAAUAUAUCACUACGAUGAAAAUUCGUUAUCCAUUUCCACCGAUGAAAUUGAAAAUACCGCCGUAGAGGAUUUUAACGAGCCCCCCGAAAAUGACUUUUCUGAAUACUUGUGGAUGGAGAAUGAGGAAGAAUUUGACAAAGAGGUCAUGCAAAAACUUGAAGAAGAAGCUUUAAUGGAAGAGUGUAUUGAAGCUUUUAUGAAUGAUGAAAGUGACUCCUACCACAAUACAACACAGGAAUUACCACCUGUGGAGUCUGUGGAAAACUCUAAACUUAAUCCAGAAGCUGAAGAAUUUGUUCCCUUAAGUAGAAGGAUGCUUCCUCAAGAAAUCUCAGUGUCAACUAGUUCGUCUUAAAUUGCCUGGUCUCAUUACUUUUUUAUAUACAUAUGUAUAUAUCAAUUACUAUGAAAAAUAUGAGUCUAAGUGUACGAGAGCUAGGAGAGAAGCCAAAGAGAAAGAUUAAAGGAUAUUGAAGUAAAGUGACUGAAAAAGAGUUCUAGUUUUUUCGUCAGUGACAUUUCUGCAAUGUCCAUUAUCUUUUCUUCAUCUUUCUCUUUGGCUUCUUACACAUAGACCCAUGCGUUCCAUAGUCUUAUAAAUACUUUUAGAGGCUUUAAAAUGGAAAUAGCUUCAUUAGAAAUCGAUUUUUUUAUAAGUUCCUCUUUUUAGAUUUUAUAGGUGAUCUAGGCCAACAGGGCGUCUUAAAUAACUAAAAUAUUUUUAUGUUUUACAAUUUUAUCGGGUUUCCUUAUUUUUAUCCCCCUUUUUGGGGAUUUUGUGAUCAUUAUUUCAGUCAUCUAAGGUAUUUUUGCCUAGGAAUUAAAAGCGCUAAUUUUUUCUUGUAUUGUGUGUCUUUCACCAUCAAAUUUAUUUAGUUCAUAUUCUUCUAUUUGCAAGAUGUGUGUGUAGUCAGUAUUAAAUGACAGAUUACAAAUUACAUUUAAAACAAAAAAAUCAAGUAUGUUAUCUUGCAUUUACAAAAAUUUGUUUUUUGAUAAUUUGGGCAGAUUUGUUUACAGUAUAUUUUUUAAAUUCCAAUGUACCCCAUAGGAUGCUUGUAUUGAAUUACCUGUUUGUACAUAUAUUAUAACUAAGAGAAGUUAUGAAACUGUGUUUUAAAACAUUAUAAAAUCUACUGUAUAUGAAUUUGUUACAUUUUUUAGUUAAUUAUUCAUUCACGGCAUUCUUACUACCUAUUUUUAUAGAUAAAACUAAGUCUUAACAAUAUAAUAACUAAUAAAUUUUUCACCACAUAAUAACCUGGAUCAGACUCUGUAUGUGAUCAUUUUUUCAGAAUAAUGUUUAGGACUUCAUAUUUAGCUAACUUGCAUAUUCUCAUUAUUUUGUGAUCAUGCUUAUUGGUUUGGCUGUGAUGUAAUUCCCUGGCACCUUAAUUUUAUUAUUUUAUAUACUAUUGGAAAUUUAUCUGUUUAUCAAUUUUACACUAUAUCUUCACGCGCAGUUAUAUUAUACAGGUUGAAAUUAUUUGUGAUUUAAAUGUCUCAUGUUAUUAAGAUACAUCAAGAGCAUCAAAUAUAAUGUCCAUCUUUUGUUGCACUUUAAUGUCUCAAAAGUCGUGGUGAAAUUUAUAAAAAGUCCAUUUCUGACUCUGGCUCUCUUUAAGACAGGAUUGGUGCAAAAAAAUAUUUAUAUUGUAUAAAUAAAUAAAUAAUUGAGA